AUGGCGCCAUCACUAUGUGCCAUCUGCAAGAUCGAAAGGGCAUACAUCAAGCGACCCAAGAACCAUGCAAAGCUCUGCCGAGAGUGCUUCAUCAGAGUCUUCGAGGACGAAAUCCACCACACCAUCACAUCAUCCAAAUUAUUCUACCCCGGAGAGAAAGUUGCCAUUGGAGCCUCCGGUGGCAAGGAUUCGACAGUUUUGGCCUCCGUUCUCAAGACACUCAACGAACGACAUGGAUACGGACUAGAUCUUGUCUUACUGAGCAUAGACGAGGGCAUCACCGGCUACCGAGAUGACUCCCUCCAAACAGUCAAGAACAAUGCCGUCCAAUACGGCAUGCCCCUGACAAUAGUCGGAUACAAAGAGCUAUACGACUGGACCAUGGACGAGGUCGUCCAGACCAUCGGCAAAAAGGGGAACUGCACCUACUGCGGUGUCUUUCGACGGCAGGCUCUCGACAGGGGCGCAAAGAUGUUAGGGAUCAAGCAUGUUGUCACCGGGCACAAUGCAGACGAUGUGGCCGAGACGGUCAUGAUGAACCUGCUGCGCGCGGACCUGUCGCGUCUCUCGCGAAGCACCAGUAUUGUGACAGGAGACAACAGGUCUGAGGUGAAGAGAAGCAAGCCACUCAAGUACGCAUACGAGAAGGAGAUUGUGCUGUAUGCCUUCCACAAGAAGCUCGAGUACUUCAGUACCGAGUGUAUCUACAGUCCCGAGGCCUUCCGUGGAAGCGCCCGGGGUCUCAUCAAGCAGCUGGAAAAAGUACGACCAAGCGCUAUCCUGGAUAUUGUACGAAGUGGAGAGGACAUGGCAAGAUUGGUGCCCGGAGAGUCACCAUCAUCUUGCGGGUGCAAAGGACAGAAAGCGCAAGCACCUGUGGCCGCUGCUGUGGAAGAGGGCAUAGGUGGUUGCGGGUCAACGAACGGCCGCACUCCAGGAGGUGAAAUGGCCGCCUUGGAUAAGCAGAUCAGGGAGAACGAAGAGUACGCAGAGCUAGAGGUCGACGUCACAAAGAAAAUACCUAAGCCAAAGCAAGGAGAGAAGGAGACACAAAGGGAACUACCCAUCAGAACUGCCAGUGCUCCAUCAAAGGGAGGACGACAGGUUCUAGGACAGUGCAAGCGCUGCGGGUACAUGUCAAGCCAGGAGAUAUGUCAAGCAUGCACGCUCCUGGAGGGGCUGAACAAGAACCGGCCCCAGAUACAGAUUUAA